AUGUUGCAUCGACUAUGUGCCUUAGGUCCCAGAUUCUUCUACUUGCCUCGCAUGUUGCCGUCAACGUCUCGGUGUACGAUUGCUGCCAGACGGCUCUACUCAGACGAUCAUCUGCCCCCUCGAGAAGUAUAUAUUCCCCAACCUUCCACCAAACCUCCGCCUAAACCCGCUCCACCUCCCGCUGUACCCACUCCACCGCCACCUUCAAAAUCACCUCCACAGGAAUCAGUAAAGCCAAAAGCUGAAAUGCAGAAAGAAGCACACGAUGCACAUGAUGUUGAAAAUCCAGGACCUCCGGUAACGCUUGAUUAUAUGCCCGUACCGUUCCAAAAAUAUCAGACGGUUUACAAGGAAUUACAAAAGAAAUUCAAUUUCUAUUUGGUCGUUGGUGUCGGUCUUCUGGGACUUUCAUUAGCUAUUGCAAUCAAAGAAGACAUGUUUGCAAUUGAAGCGUUACGGCCACCAGCAAGUUACCGCAAUAGAAAGAAGGCAUACAUGAGCACAGAAAAAGAUGAAAAAUCGGAGCCCAGCCCUCCGCCGCCAGCCGAAACCGCUGAUGAAAAGAGUGAACCCAGCCCUCCGCCACCAGUCGAAACCACUGAACCUGAACCUCAGCCUGAACCACAAGUGGAGAAAACAGUCGUUGCAACUGAGCCUGAAGCACCUCAGGUGGUGGCUGAACCACCUGCCGAAGAACCAAAGGUAAAUGUAGCGAUCCCAGUUGUGUCGGGAAAUUAA